AUGGCCACCAACGCCUCCUCCUUCCGCCAACUAGUCGGCAUACCAUCCUCCAAGGCCUCCAUCCACGACUCCACCCUCAUCAUCAUCGACGCCCAAAACGAAUACGCCUCCGGCAAACUCCAAGUCGACAACAUCACCCCGAGCCGCAAAGUCAUCGCCGACCUCCUCACCCGCUACCGCCAGAGCAACAGCCGGGGCAAGAACAUCGUGCACGUUGUCCACGAGGUCCCGGCCGGCGCACCGGUGUUCACGCCCGAGACGCCCCUCGCCGCGGAAUUCGACGAGCUGAAGCCACAGUCCGGGGAGAAGGUGGUGAAGAAGUCGUUCCCGAGCUCGUUUGCGCAGACCGAUCUGCACGAGUAUCUGACGGGAUUGGGCGAGGUCGGGAAGAAGAUUGUGUUGGUGGGGUAUAUGGCGCAUGUCUGUGUGUCGACGACGGCAAGGGCAGGGGAUGAGUUGGGGUAUGAUGUCGUGGUUGUGGCGGAUGGGAUCGGCGAUCGUCAUAUUCCGGGGGUGCAGGCGGAGAGUUUGGUGUCGGUGGUGUUGUCCGAGUUGGCCGAUGCGUUUGCGACGGUCCUUCGUGCGGCGGAAAUUGUCGAGUGA